AUGGCGGUGGAAGACACGUCCAAGAUCGAAGCAGGUCAUCUCUUCCGGGUCGAUGGCCUUGUCGCCGUAAUCACUGGAGGAGGCUCCGGACUUGGUCGGAUCAUGGCCAGAACCCUUGCUGUUAACGGCGCUUCCAGAGUAUUCAUCAUUGGGCGUCGCGAAGGUAUCUUGAAGGAGGCCGCCACUGAUGGACCAGAGAAUACUAUUAUUCCAAUCGUUGGAGACGUCACUUCCAAGGAGUCUUUGCAGGCUUGCGUAGAUCAAGUCAAGCAACAUGUGGACUCAGUCGAUGUUUUGGUCUGCAAUUCUGGUGCUUCGGGCCCAUUCACCCCAAUCAUGGACUCGAAACAGCAGGUUCUCCCUGUCUUACAGUUGGCUGAAAACCUGUGGAAGCCAACUCAAGAAGCAGUGACUGAGACCUACGCUGUAAACCUCACGGGGACCCAAUUCACCGUCGCAGCAUUUCUGCCAUUACUCCACGAAGCGAACCUGAAAAGACCUCAGCCACCUAGUCGAGAGAAUUUCAAGCCUCGACCACAGAUUAUCACAACUUCGUCCGUUGCAGGGUUCAAGCGAAAUGCAGUGGCGAACUUGUCGUACGGUCCCAGCAAGGCUGGCGUGAUUCAUUUGACCAAAUCACUUGCAACGACACUCAUACCUCAUGAUAUCAGAGCCAAUAUAAUCGCACCUGGGUACUAUUACAGCGAGAUGACGCAUAAUAUGUUUAAAGGUUGCUAUUACCCAAUAAAGACCUCUUUUCAGUGA